AUGGUGUCAUGGAGUGAUGGGUCGGAUAGCAGCGAGCACACCUUGGAGUACAUGAGCUCAGCUUCCGACGACGGCACCAUUAAGGUUCCUGCUAGCAUUGAAGACUCAGAUUUCGAGGGCCCCGAGACUGAAUUGCAUGUUUUGUGCCAUGGACACGGGAAGGCAUCAGAGAGGCGUGUUGCUUUCGAAGGAAUUCACACUGGCAGGAGGUUUCUUUGUUGCGCAGAGAAGGAAGGUAAAAACUGUGGACUAGUAGAAUGGAUUGAUCCAUCUUGGCCCAAUACCCUUGAGAAUGCAUUAUCCAAGUUAUGGUUUAUGUAUGAACAGAGUAAGAGAGACAGGACUGAGGACAAUCUGAUGAAUUACUUUGAUGUUCAUAACCUGACACAAGAGAAGAAGAAGUUGCAAGCCAGCUAUGAGAAGCUAGUUGAAGAUGUGAAUGGACUUUUGGAUGCUCAGGAAAGGAGGGCAGAGGUAGAAAGGAAAGAUCUUGAAAGUAGCAAGAUUCAGGAGAAGUAUGACAUGGUUAAGAACCUAGCAGCUGCUCAAGCAAAUGUCAUUAGGAACAUGAAGCUCAAGCUAGCUGAAGAGAGGAAGAACUUACAGAUCCACAUUGAUGAGCUCCAGAAGACAGUUGAAGAGAGCAAUGUGAAGCUGGAGGGGAUCAAGGCCAUCAUAAAUGGAUAA